UCGAACGUAAACACAGGCAUUUGUUUUGGUGUUCAGGUGCUGGGGAUAGAACUUUUAAGAUGUUUCGCUGCUUGUUAACUAUCAUUCGUGAAUUUAAAUCUACUGAUAUUACUGCAGAGUUUUGCAGGGCGGAAGGAAUAAGCUACAGUGCGGCUUUGGCAUGCAGGGAACAGCUCGAGGCCAUGGAAGAGCUUAAACUUGCCAAAACAUCUGCUGGCCAAGUUGGCACAAGAAUUUUGUGUCAAGAAAUGGAGCAUCAGGACGGAUACCUCAUGAGUCGGCAGCCAUUCUACCUCCGUCUUCAUGAUGCUUCAAGUGCCGCCCCCCUCGUUAUCAAGAGCGAUUUUUCCUCUGAUGAAUUGUCUUCUUCAAUGGAAGUUGAUGCUGAGCAUCUCAUCCCCGACUGCAUCAUCAAGGAUGAACCUCCAUCACCGCAGCCCAGCAAACCUGACCCUGGAAAGCCACUGGAAUCACCCGCCCGAGAAGAGGAAAUUUCUCCAAAAAACAACUCAGAAGAAGCAGGAAUGCUGAGUGACUUGGAAGAUGACUUCUUAGACAACAUUUUGGAUCUUAAAGAACCUUCUCCUCCAAACUAUGAAGAAAAAGUGAAGCUUGAGAAAUGGGGCAAUGAUCCUGCUGGAAAUGGGUCAAACCAUGAGAAAUGGGGUAAUUAUUCUGCUGGAAAUGGGUCAAAGCAUGAGAAUUGGGGCAAUGAUUCUGCUGGAAAUGGGUCAAAGCAUGAGAAAUGGGGCAAUUAUUCUGCUGGAAAUGGGUCAAAGCUUGAGAAUUGGGUCAAUGAUCCUGCCGGCAAGAAAGCGGAUAUAAAACGAGUCAUCGGCUUUGGUGGCAAUCGGAGAGAAUAUUGCGAUUUCUGUAACUUCUCCACCAUGAAUGCAGACAUUUUAACUCGUCAUAUUGAACUUAAACACAAAGGCCAGGAGCGUUCACAUCUCUUUUGCCAGCUCUGCGACUACUGGACCGUCUACCGCACAGACUUCAACAAGCAUCUCACGGAGGACCAUAUGAACCCAAAUGGUUUAUUCUUCUGUCCUAAGUGCAGUUAUACAUCAGAUUGCAAGGCCAAUUUAUACCGACAUUUUAACACGCACAAUAAAAAAUAUGUCUACAAAUGUCCGUUAUGCAGCUUCGUAUGCUCCGGAAACCUGGGCAGACAUGUUCGCUCACAACAUGGAGUCGAACUCUUGAAGUGUCCGAAGUGUCAUUUUGCUACCUGGAGUAAAAUAAAACUAGAAGAUCACAUAAACUCUCAUCUUGGCCGCAAUAAAAUGGUAUGUACUCUAUGUAACUGGAGUACAUUCUUCAGGCAGAGCUAUGCUAAGCACAUGCAUCACUACCACAACAAUCCUGCCAC